ACACAGUGAAACAAACCCACACUACAUCUAUCGCUCAGUUCGAGCGGCGACUUGACACUCACGUAACCUCACGACCUCACGGGGUCACAAGGUGAAGGUAGUCUGCAAAGAGCGCGCGGAUCCGGUUUAGGCCACAGUAAGUGAAUGCAUCGUUUCUCGUGACGAAGACUAAUGUGCAGGCAAUAACCAAAAUCUGCAUUAUGGAAGAGAACAUCAAAACUGUGUUGACUUGCAUGAUUCAGCAGCUAAAGGUUCUUCCCAACAUCUCAUCAUUGACCAUCCAGGGAAAGAUGGCUAUCAUUGUCAAUGGUGUGGUCCACUUUGAUGUUCUUUUCAGCGAAAAGAAAAAGAAGGGUUUUGAUGUAUACCAUAAAGAUGUGAACAGGUCAUUAGAAUGUGAUGAAGAAGUCAGAAACAAUAUGCAGGAAGACGACUGCUAUAAAUGCCAGUUGCCUUGUGAUGAACCUCACCUGGGAGCAGUUGAUAGUACAAAAGCUUCUGUUGAAGGCUCUGUUAAAAAAUUCGAGAGUACAACUCAAAAAUGUCUCGCACUGCAGUCUUCCGAGAAUUUUCAGCUGUCAGAAAUUUUGCCAAAUCAACAGUCACCACCAAACGAACAACUAGAACUCAGAAAUGUGACGAUGAGAAAUUCUGUGGACGAUCAAACGAACCAAAUUGAAGACCGAGACAAGAAAGUGAAAGGAAAAAAUCUGAAGAGUUUCAAAAUACUCGGCCAGCAAGCACAUGUCAUCAAUUCUAUUUUAUAAGAAGCUUGGAGUGAAAACGAGACAGAGGCAAUCUAAAUCAACAAAAGCUGCGGAAACCCGUUGCUUAGAAAGUUCUAGCAAAUCUCCAGUCAGCAGCAGCAGCAGCAGCAGCAGCAGCAGCAACAUCGUUGAACACAGUGCUGAUGCAUUUGACGAUCGUUCCCAUAGCAAGGACUGCAGGCAGGAAGAUUCACAAAGGGAAGAAGUGGAAACUCGGAACCUGUCUUGUCCCACCUGCCAUAAAUGUUAUCCCUUCUCAAGUCAAGUAACAUUUAAUCGACAUGUCCGGCGACAUUCCCAACAUGUUCAGUGCGAAGUGUGUGGAAAGUGGCUGGCUUCUCUAGAUUCUCUUGGUCAACAUCAGAGGGGUCUGCAUGGUAAUAUCAAGCCCUACAUCUGCAAUGAGUGUGGCCAGACCUUCAGUUUCCGCCACAGCUAUAAUGUGCACAUGCAUAAACACACUGGUGUCCGGCCCUACAAAUGUUCCCAGUGUUCCAAGACAUACCUCACUGCAAGUCAUCUCAAAACACAUGUGAUAUCUCAGCACAGUGGACGUGGGCAGGAGCCGCAGUUUCAGUGCGAAACAUGUGGACGUUCCUUCCUCUGGGCCAGCAACCUCAAAACACACCAGCUUAUUCACACAGAUGUUCGUCCAUUCCAGUGUAGUAUUUGCUCGAAGGGCUUCACGACCAAGCAAGCCUUGCGCCUCCACAACCAGUCGUACCACGAGAACGAGCGGAAGUUUGAGUGUGAUGUAUGCCACAAGUUCUACAAAUCUGAACGUCUUCGCAACAUCCAUAAGCGACGACACUCUAGCGCAGACUUCCAGCGUUUCAUGUGUGAUAUUUGUGGUCAACAGUUUAUGUUUAAAUCGAGCCUUGAGACACACAAGCACACUCACGGUGAAGAGAGGCCGCACGUCUGCAAAGUCUGCGGAAAGAGCUUUAAGCUGGUGACAUCGUUGUACACGCACCAGUUCACCCACAGCGAUGACAAGCCUUUCCAAUGCCGGAAUCUGCACCAAGGCGUUCAAGACUAGGACCUGCUGCCAGGCACACGAGCGUCGGCACAAUGCCAGUAAGGCCUUCACGUGCGCCAUCUGUAGUGCGCGCUUCCCGGACAAGGGCGGGCUGUCAAAGCACGUGCGGACCAUCCACGCGCCCACAAGACUGUUCCACUGCACCAUCUGCGGCAAGCAGGGUGCUCGCAUGGACAACAUGCGCAGCCAUCUCAAGAGCCACGCACGAGAUGUUUCCAUAGACAACCCGACGGAUUACAUCAAGGAGACGAGUUCCCAAGACUAUAAUCAGUUUGCGUAAUGAUUCUUGACUACUGCUGCACCACCACCACCAUACAGUAUUUGUUUGUACGAGCCACUCAAGCAUGACGCCCAUUUGGUCUGUACCGGUCUGUGUGUGCAGGGUAGUAUGCUUCUGUAUCUUCACUCACAGUGACUUGAGGAAGUUGUAUGGACCUUCCGUCUUAGGCAAGGCGAUCGUGUACACCGGGAUUUCACAUAUCAAAUCUGUUUAUUUAAAAAGAUUUAUCUUUCAGCUGUAUUUAGUUCAAAAACUACUCGCACUAUUUCUUCUAUUUUGGAAAUUGCAACAAAGGCGACUUUAAGAGAACAUAUUUCUUUAAAAUCAGUUUAUUUGCUUUUGUAUAUUUUCUUUAAACAUCGGAAGAACAUAAAAAACCAAUUUGAUAUUCAGCUGGCUUAGUCUCCUCUAUGAUAAAAUGAUGAACCACUGUCAGUUAACAUGUAUUGAGUUUACCAAUCUUACGCGUGCCUGUCACCAACGGGCUGUUGUAGCGUGCUUGUAUUGAAUGAAAAGAAACUGCAAGGCCAUUUCCAAGCCAGCCCAACGGUGAAGCUUGGGUCAUGGGUUCAGAUCUCGUCUCGGGCACACUGUUCUUUCUGCAUGUGGCAUCUGUUUACAGGGCUGGCUGCCUUGCCGUGAUAUAGCCUUAUUUGCUGGUUGGCUCGGCGUAAAACACCAAUCAACCUCCCCACCCUCCCAAGCCACAUCAGUUUCUAAAGCAUGUACCAGCAAAACUCCAUCGACCAGCUAAACUCUAUAACAACGGCGUUAUAAGCGCGUUUUUUAUGACCUCAAGUCAUAAAGAUGCUUUUAACUGGUCCAGUGGGAUUGAUGCACGAGAUUGGCUUGCUACACAAACGAGGGACUAGAGUUUAACAAGUGCGCGCGCGCCCACACACACACACAGCGACCAUGAAGUGACAGCCAUGUGCCAUAAGACAAUAAACAAAGAUAUCGUGAUGACGAUGUGAACAAUAAUGGUUACAGCAAAACGAAGGAAAAAGGGUAGACUUGAGGGGUACAAAGAUGGGGAAUGAGGUGCUAGAGAGGCAGCAGUUUUGAGAGGGCAUUGUGAGUCUCAUUUCCAUCGACACCUUUCCCUUCCCCAGUCCUGUAAGAAGUCCGGCACCCAUUCCACAGAUGGGUCGAUUGGAGGUUAAGUACGG